CAUAUUCAGUAUUCACCCUUUUUUCCCAUUUGACCAAUUUCCAUUAUACAGACACGUCACUCUUCAACGCAUUCCACUAGGCGUGUCCAAACGACGACGUUUCCCCCGUUCGUAACCAGGGCAAGAACCCCUUCGCCCUUCAGAUUACGCCACCGCUACUACGCCGUAGCCGCCGGCGAACGAUUUCUGGGUCUUCUGUUUCCACCUCAAAGUUCCGAUCUUUACCCUCAACAUGGCGAAGGAAACAAGUUCAAAAUUGAACAUCGCAAUAAUUCACCCAGAUCUUGGCAUAGGUGGAGCUGAGAGGUUAAUUGUGGAUGCUGCUGUUGAACUUGCAUCACAUGGCCAUAAAGUUCAUGUUUUUACUGCACAUCAUGACAAAAAUAGAUGCUUUGAGGAGACUGUUGCUGGUACCUUUCCGGUUACUGUGUAUGGUUCCUUUCUUCCCCGGCAUAUAUUCUACCGUCUUCAUGCAUUGUGUGCAUACCUUCGGUGCCUAUUUGUUGCUUUCUGUGUACUUUUCAUGUGGCAUUCAUUUGAUGUUAUCCUGGCAGAUCAAGUCUCUGUAGUUAUUCCCAUCUUGAAACUUAAAAGGUCGUCUAAGGUUGUAUUCUACUGUCAUUUUCCAGACUUGUUGCUGGCUCAACAUUCAACUUUCAUUAGGAGGAUGUAUAGAAAACCGAUAGAUUAUGCGGAAGAAAUAACAACUGGAAUGGCUGAUUUGAUACUUGUUAACAGCAACUUCACUGCAUCUACUUUUGCAAAUACUUUUAAGCAUCUAGACGCUAAAGGAAUUCGACCAGCUGUUCUAUAUCCAGCAGUUAAUGUGGAUCAGUUCAACGAACCCAGUUCCCUGAAGCUGAAUUUUCUUUCCAUCAAUCGCUUUGAAAGGAAAAAGAACAUACAAUUAGCAAUUUCAGCUUUUGCCAUGCUUCACUCAACUGAAGGAGUUCUGAAGCACAAGGAUAUUACUAAUGCUUCUUUGACUAUUGCAGGUGGCUUUGACAAACGGUUGAAGGAGAAUGUGGAGUACUUAGAAGAGCUUAAAGAUUUAGCUGAAAAGGAAGGAGUCUCUGAUAAAAUAAGAUUUAUCACAUCUUGCCCUACAGCUGAAAGAAAUGCACUUCUUUCAGAAUGCCUGUGUGUCCUUUACACACCGAAGGAUGAGCACUUUGGCAUUGUUCCUUUGGAGGCAAUGGCUGCUUAUAAACCUGUUAUUGCAUGCAAUAGUGGUGGUCCCGUGGAGUCCAUUAAGAAUGGUGUAACAGGUUUCCUUUGUGAUCCUACACCACAAGAGUUUUCUUUAGCAAUGGCUAAGCUCAUAACUGAUCUUCAAGGAGCAGAAAAAAUGGGCAGAGAAGCUAGGAGGCAUGUUGUUGAGUCAUUCUCUACCAAAUCAUUUGGCCAGCAUCUAAAUAGGUAUCUAGUUGAUAUUCAUAGGGGAAAGGAGGACUAAGUUUAACAUUGGUUUGCGUGAUUUUGCCCUCAAAUUGUUAACUGCUAUUGGUGACCAUUCAACUUGCUGUUCAGGUUUUAGUUGGCUUAGUUAACGUAACUAUUUGCUUACAAGUUCUAUUUUCAAGAUAAUUUUUUAUUUUAUACCAAUAUACCAUGUACAUCUGAAUUACAGAGAUGAUAAGAUGUUCAAUGUUCUGAGGCAAGCAAUGUAGGGUAUUUUCUGACAAUACAAGGUAUUUCAAAGAUGAGAAAUGAUAGCAACACAAAUUCUAAUCCAA